AUGGAGGCAGAGACUGAAGUGAUGCUGCCACGAGCCAAGGACACCAAGGAUUUCCAGCAAUCACCAGAAGCUAGGAAGAGGCAUCGAGCAGAUCCUCCCUCAGAGCCUCCAGGAAGAACCAACCCUGCUGACACCCUGACCCCGAGCUUCUGGCCUGCAGAACGGCAUCAUUCCUCAGAAUGUGACGAGAUGAUGCCCUCUACCAAAACAAGGGACAACACCAAGAAAGAGACAGAUCCAGGACCAGCCAACCAUGGAGAGGUGAAACCACACACAAGCGCCUCUGAGUUCAUCCUCCUAGGGCUCUCAAGCCAGCUCGAGAGGCAGGAGCUGAUCUUCGGGCUCUUCCUUGUCAUGUACCUGGUCGGGGCCGCAGGGAACUUGCUCAUCAUCCUGGCCAUUGGCUCAGACUCCCACCUCCACACGCCCAAGGACUUCUUCCUCAGCGACCUCUCCCUGGUAGUUUUCUGCUUCAUCUCCGCCACAGUCCCCAAGAUGCUGGUGAACAUCCAGACACAGACUCAGUCCAUUUCCUAUGGCUGCUGCCUAGCCCAGAUCUACUUCUGCAUUUUGCUUGUCAACAUGGACAGCUUCCACCUGAUGGCCAUGGCUUAUGACCUCUACACAGCGACCUGCCAGCCCUUGCACUACUCCACGGUGAGUAUGCCAGUCUGUGCCCUGAUGCUGGGGAGCUCCUGGCCCCUCGCCAACUUCCACUCCCUGCUACACACCCUCCUCAUGGCCCGGCUGGAGUUCUGUGCCAGCAACGUCAUCCCUUACUCCUUCUGUGACCUUGCUCCCCUGAUCCAGCUCUCCUGCCCCAACACCCAACUCACCCAACUCAUGAUUCUGCUGGAAGGGGACCUGGCGGUCCUCAUCCCCUUCCUUGGCAUUCUCGUCUCCUACAUCCACAUUGUGUCUGCUGUGCUACAGGUGCCAUCUGCCCAGGGCAAACCAAAGGCCUUUUCCAACUGUGGCUCCCACCUUGCUGUGGUCAUUCUCUUCUAUGGGACCAUCACAGGGGUCUACCUGAGUCCCUCAUCCUCCCACGCAGCUGACAAGGAUUCUCUGGCUUCAGUAAUGUAGAUGGUGGUCACCCCCAUGCUGAAUCCCUUUAUCUACUGCCUGAGGAACAAGGACAUGAAGGGAGCUCUAAGGAAACUGGUCAACCUGAAGGCUUUAUCCCAUGGGCUGUGACAGCAGAGCUCUCCUUCAGGGCCUCUGUGCUAGAGGAGGAUGAACCCCAGGGACAGGCUCCACACAGAGAGGGUGGGAGGAGCACAGACCUCAUUGUCCUGGGUUGUCACCAUGGCCAGGGAAGCCUCUCAUUGCUCCAUAAGUAAUCUGCAAGUCCCAAACUUCUUGGCCCCUGCACUGACUGCCCAGACUACCAAAGGGGAAUAAACUCUCCCGUAAAGACAGGACCACAUAAACAGGUAUAAACUAGCUCUAUCUGCAGACCUUCUGGAGGGGGUUCAUGUGAAGGGUGAGCUCAUAGGAAUCUGUGACCUAUGCUGACAGCCUGUGCCAAAGAGAUGCCCUCUGAGUGCCCCCAUGCACCCCACAGAGCCUCAGACCCUUAACCCUCAAGCAUCCCAGUUUCCAAACUCCUCCAGUUCCUCCACCACCAUCCCA